CUUAGUAAAAAGUAAUGACUGUAGCAAGCUGAAUUUUGGAUAUUACUAAUUGUAGCUUUAUUUAGGGCCCUCUACGGGCUCACAUUUGUAAGCAGAUUAUAUUUAGCCACAUGGCUAAUUGGUAGGAUACAAGCAUGCGGGAUGUGUUAGACACACUCAGCAAUGACAAAGCAUUUUUCCUCUUUUGAAAUGUUUUUUCCCUCAGUUGUUUUGACCCAGUGUAAAUUCUCAAAUAUCCACCUUAUGAGGAUGCAGCAUUAGGAAGAAAAACUGGAACGUUCUAUUGAAGUUGUUGGUGGUUUUGAGGUUAAAAACAAACAAACGAACAAAACCCCACCUUUGCCCUGAAUGUUCUUUGAAAGAACUGAGAAAAGAGUCACCAGGGAGAUGUCUGAGAGCAAACAGGACGAAGACAGCGGGACCAGUGCUUCACUCGGUAAAGCAAGCAAAGAAACUUCCUGUAAGCGACAAAAUAAAGAAGGGUCCUGGGCCUCUUCACUAGUGAUGAAGAAACCAAAGCAGAACCAACUUUCCACAGUAACCGACUCCGAGGCGGCUUUGGUCAGCGCCUACCUUGAACAAAGACGAGUCAGGCGCCAUUCCCAGUUCCACUGGGUGAAUCAGAUCCAGCAAGAUAGUGACACCACUGAAUGUGACAGCGAGGAAUCGAACUCCGGAGCGUCCUCCUGGAAGGAGAGUGAAAGUGACCAUCAUCUGUCACCUGCCAAUAUUAAGAGGAGGAAGUCAGUAUCCAGGCAAAGGGAUAUGGAAAACUAUGAAGUCAGAGAAAGGCCCUGUCUCCAUUGCAAAGCCAUGAGAACCAGUGAGUGGCUGACACGUCACUUCCCACCAAGUGCCUCAGUAACAACCCCCAUGAAGGGAGAGAUUCAAGAGGAGAAUUUGACAUCCGGGACAAACACAAAAUUCAGCAAAUUUUGAAUUUGGCAUCCUUACCUUACUUGAAGUCAAAAAGAAGAGGUGAAUAAAGCAUGGAAACCAUAGUUGUAGGUGAGGGAGACGUUCACAAUAAAGCCUCUUUAUAAACAACAACAGUAUAAUUGGAACCCAAGACCAAUGUCAAAUUUCAGACAAAUUUAUUGUUUAAAACAAGGUCAGAGAAUUUGUUCAUGCCACCAUGGGAACACAGAAGACCUGUAUCUUCUAUGUUUUUUUUUUAAGUCAAAAGAGCC